AUGAUUUCGUUGUUUCCCUAUCUCACGUCAUCAGUUAAUCAUACCGUGAUAAGCGGAACAACAGCUACUGUAAUUAUUUCAAUAUCUGUAUUAAUUAUAUGCGUUUUACUUAUUGCUGGUUGUACAUGUUCAAAGAGCAAUCGACAGGAUGAUCAAGAUAUGGGUUCAGAUAAUGGAGAUGUAGAGAAUGAACGCAAAGAGUUAAAGGCAAACCUUAUUCCACCAUUAUUCUUUACCCAAGGAUUAAAAGAUCCUCUCCAACAAGAUGAUCUCCUUGAAAAAGUAAAACAAGAUGGUGUUACAGAAUGA